AUGGGGGCGGGCUGCAGACAACAGAAGGGGCAAGUCCGCGAGGAUAGUCAAAGGAACAACGCAGCAGAGAAGCUGAGUACGCGGCACAGCCUCAGCAUCCUGGCCUGUCCACUGCAGGCCCAGCAAUCUGUCUGCGGAGCAACAUCACAUCUGUAUAGUUUGCGCUGGAGCGGGGGACCUUAUGCACCGGCGGAGGGAACUGUUUCCGUGAGCUCGUCGGUGGUGAAUGACGUCAGGCUUCAGUUGAACCGCUUCGUGCUGUAUUGCAGCAAGGCAGCACACUCUCCCACCGCCAGGAGAGGAGCGUGCUCGUCAUCCUCCCUUCAGCACAAUGUCGCCGGUAAGUGCUUAACAACGACCAGGGAUGGAUUCGGCGGAUCAUUUAAGCAAGAUCCGCCACUGGGAUCCACAUCCUCUGCACCCAAUUUAGACUCGGACAUCAAUGCAAAUGCCCUGGGGCAUGUUUAUCAGAAUGGGACAGCCCACAUGCUCAACAUCCAAUCGAAGCCCUGCCGAGGAGCAAGUGACCCCAGCGCGUACCCCUCCACAGACUACCGGGCGCUGGUCCGCCAACGGUUCAUUCGGCGGAGUUUGUGGGUGUCAGACUCCGAAGAGCAGCCGGCCAUGGAGUGUGUUAACAGCGGCCCGAUGCCCCACAUUGACCUGCGGACAGUCGUUGAUCGGAGUCGAACCCGAGUUCCGCAUGGAACCCGUCUGGGCCUCCAGGAGACUUCAAGCACGGAGAGCCAGGUGGGGCUGAAGGACAGCACCACAGAGAGCGUGAGCGCCGACGCGGGGAAGGAGCACAGGAGCGAGGCCGAGCCAAAGGUAGAGGUUGAGCCCCCGGAUGUCACAGGUAAAGCAGGAAGUGACGAGAACGAAGAGGAGCCGGGGAUGAAGGCUGUGUCCACUUCACCUGGGGGCCGCUUCCUCAAGUUUGACAUUGAGCUGGGGAGGGGGUCCUUCAAGACCGUCUAUAAGGGUCUUGACACCGAAACCUGGGUAGAAGUGGCAUGGUGUGAACUUCAGGAACGGAAACUAUCCAAAGCUGAGAGACAAAGGUUCAAGGAGGAGGCAGAGAUGUUGAAGGCUCUCCAGCAUCCCAACAUUGUGCGGUUUUAUGACUUCUGGGAAUCACCGGUUAAAGGGAAGAAGUGUAUUGUUCUGGUAACGGAGCUGAUGACCUCAGGGACACUUAAAACGUAUCUUAAGCGUUUUAAGGUGAUGAAGCCUAAGGUUCUUAGGAGCUGGUGCAGGCAGAUUCUCAAAGGCCUCCACUUCCUCCACACAAGGACUCCUCCAAUCAUCCACAGAGAUCUCAAGUGUGACAACAUCUUCAUCACUGGUCCAACAGGAUCUGUCAAAAUAGGAGAUCUGGGCUUGGCAACACUGAAGAGGGCCUCGUUUGCUAAAAGUGUCAUUGGCACUCCAGAGUUCAUGGCCCCAGAGAUGUAUGAGGAGCACUAUGAUGAGGCUGUGGAUGUCUACGCCUUUGGGAUGUGCAUGCUGGAGAUGGCCACCUCAGAAUAUCCAUAUUCUGAGUGUCAAAAUGCUGCUCAGAUCUACCGCAAAGUCACCAGUGGGGUGAAACCUGCCAGCUACAGCAAAGUCAGCGACCCAGAAAUUAAGGAAAUAAUCGGGGAAUGUAUCUGUAACAGAUGGGAAGAAAGGUACUCCAUCAAGGACCUCCUGAAUCAUGCCUUCUUUGCAGAGGAUACAGGCGUGAGGGUGGAGCUCAAUGAAGACGAUGAUGGAAAGAAAUCAUCCAUUGCCCUGAAGCUGUGGGUUGAGGAUACUAAAAAGCUGAAGGGGAAGUACAAGGACACUGGUGCCAUUGAGUUUUCCUUUGACUUGGUAAACGAAGUGCCGGAGGUUGUGGCCCAAGAAAUGGUGGAAUCAGGGUUUUUCCUGGACUGUGAUGUGAAGAUAGUUGGGAAGUCUAUCCGUGACCGCGUGGCUCUCAUCAAAUGGAGGAGGGAGCGUACCGUCAUGUCAGGCAAUGGCGAAGCAGCUGUAAAGAAGCCGCAGCCAAACCUACUGCAGGUGCCCGGUACUGUUGUACCACAGGCACCCGCAUUAGCUACGACAGAUUAUGAGGACCAAGAGGUGGAGCAGCAGACCCUGAUCUGCACCGUGCCAGCCGCCACAUUUGACAGCGGAGUGAGCUCUAUAAUGCAUUUAGAUGAUCUCAACAAUCAGCAAGAUGGCCCCUACCAGUCGCUCCAAGAAUCCAUUUCCUCAACUCAGAACAUCUACAGUCCUCCUGCACAGGUUGAACCUCAGCUGUACCAGGGAACCUACCAGCAACCCACAGCACAAGCCUUUCAUGAAAACUACACCCAAACAUCGACUCAAUUACACCAGGGAGCCUACCAGCAGCUGCAUCCUGGGGCUUAUCAUCAACCUGCAGCACAACUGCAGCAGGGGCCUUAUCGAUCUCAAACAAGUUUGUUUGAAGGUGGAGAUCUCACUCUUCUCGACCACUGUCUCCAUCAUAUCGUCAAUGGCAGGACCAGUCCCCCCACCCUGUCUGCUAAUCAUCCAAUGCACAACCAUGGGGAGGUUAGGGGUACUACCUCCUCUCCCUUAUGUUGCCAUCUCCAACCAGCUGCUGUGCUGCCCCAGCCUACAUCUCACCUGUAUCCUCUUGACAUAGCUACCAGUUUUCCACAGUCAGUGUCCUGUACUCAUUCCCCACUCCUGCUCCUUCAGAUCAGCACACAGUUUCCCUCACCAUAUCCUGUUGUUCAAAUAGGGGGCCUCAGGCCCACUUCCCUCCCCCGAGCUACUCUGCAAUGUGCCUACAGCAGCACUGGCCCUGUUAUGUCUAGCUCCCACUACUCACCAUCAUCCCACCACCCCUCCCACCCUCUGACCCCUCACACUACCCUGCCAUUUAUACCUACUCUCGGCAACCCUCAGACCCAUCUCUCCACAUCUCAGCACCUGCCCAAUCUGGCACUAUCUACUCCACUUCUUGCCAUGUCCAUGUCACUUGCAGCGCCCCAGCUGCAGGGUAGCCCUCUCACAUACCAGACAAACAUUGGUAGCUACCACACCUCCCAACCCUUACACCUCUCCCAGGUUCAACUAACCCCAUACCCUGCCCCAUACCUUGAGCAGGAAUUGGCUCAGCCGCCUGUCCAGGUACAGAUGAAUGCACCACAGGGUAAUUUGGGAGAUUUCCUUUUGGCUCCGGUCCACGCUGCCUUGCCUGCUGGUCAGACUUCUCUCUGGGGAAGCGGAGUAGAUGUCGUAACCCAUGCAGCAGACCGAGACUUAUCUGUAGUUCCUACAGUUCCAGCUCCAGUCCAAACCCCAGCCUCAAUCUCAGCUACAGCCCAAGUUGAAACUCAUGCCCCAGCACAAACUCCAGCUCUGGUCCCAGCACAAAACCUACCACCAUCAGCUAAAGCUGCAGUCAUGCCUCAAACUCCAACUUUGAGCCUUGUUAAUGCCCCAUCUUCAGUACCAAUACAAGUUCCAACAAUAGUUCAAACUAUAGCCUCUGCUCCAGUUCAAGCAUCGGGUCUCAUUUUUGAAUCACCAAAAGGCUCAUCUCCAAGCUCAGAUACACCUUAUGCACCUGGUAAACCCAAACUCUCCGUCCUAAGUUUAGGCUCUGCCCCAAUUCCUGUCACACUGCCAGACCCAGCUCCUGUUGCAGCUUCAGUCACAGCCCCAUUUCUGCAGCCUUCUGGCAUCCAGACAACAGUCUCAGUGUCUGAGUGCGCCGGCCCGGCCACAACUCGGCAAAACUUUGAUUCAACAUCUUCCUCUAGCAUCCUUCAACAAGAGUCCUGUGUAGAGGAUGUGCUUCAAGACAAACCCGGAUCUUUACCGAGUUAUGCUUAUGACAGUCUCAACUCUGAUGUGGCAUCUGGUAAGGAAACAAGUGACGGCUAUGACAGCUUGGCUAGUGGAGGGAAGGGGGACGGAAAACCCAGGAAACAUCACCGUAAGUCUGCUCGCACCCGCUCCCGUCAAGAAAGGACCAGCAAGCCCAAACUGAGCAUGCUCAAUGUCUGCAACACUGGUGAUAAAAUGGUGGAAUGCCAACUGGAGACUCACAACCACAAAAUGGUGACAUUUAAAUUUGAUCUGGAUGGAGAUGCUCCAGAGGAAAUUGCCACUUACAUGGUAGAGAAUGGGUUCAUCCUACUGUUAGAGAAGGAGAUCUUCAUUGACCAGCUAAAGGACAUUGUGGAUAAAGCUGAAGACAUGCUGAAUGAAGACAUAGAGGGUGAAAGGGCCUCUGCCUUGAGUUGUAGUCCUGAACAAGGCCAGCUUUCUGAAGGGCUGGUAGGAGAGAGUCAGCAGCCUGGAGCACAUCAGCCAGUCUAUCAGCAGAAUGUUCUUCACACAGGAAAAAGAUGGUUCAUUAUCUGCCCCGUUGAGGAGACGCCCACAUCCAACCAGGAGACCCCAACUGAUGGGACAGCUACACAGUCUCUUGGGAGUUCAGCCACCACCCACCCUGCUGACAGUGGCACUGCAAAGCCGCCUGCAUCCAGAGAAGAGGGGUCGUCCUCGACAAUGUCUGGUGGAAGUGGUGGCUUCGCCUAUGAUGUGUAUGGAUUCUGUAGCCCUCCGAUAAUGUCCAACACAGACCCUCUCCUCUUAGCUACCCUGUCCCCCCCUGUGUCUGCUCCCCCAACCCUUCAGUCAGUGACAUCGAUGGAGCCUGUGGGCAGCUCGGUGCAGCUCAGUGUUCAUCAGGCCCAGCAACCCAGAGCUCAAACUGUACUCCCGUCAUCCCCACAUACGUCAGUACCUGUGGAUGAAUCACGGGGAUCUCCAUUGGGCUCCAUCUCCCCAAUCCAUGCAGCUCAGCAGAUGCCCGACAGGACAGGUCCUGUUUCUAUGGUUGACGAGGUGCCCUGCUGCCACCUGGUCAUGCCCCUGUCUCUGGAUGUGAGCGGUUUACAGAUCGGGUCUCCUCUCACUCCCCUUCCACUCCAGGAGCCAUGUUCAGCCAAAGAGCCACUGUCUGUCUCCUAUGCCUCCACAGCUCGCAGCGAGCGCCCACAGCAGCCUGUGGUGAUGCACCAGCCUUUUUCCAGCGUGGGGGGGACCAAAGUGUCCUCAGUACCCCAGAGCCCAGCGCCAUCCCAGCAUGGUGCAGGGCCUGGUGAAUCAGACGGCGAUGGACGUCUGGGUCGCGGGGGUUUUGUGGACAGCACCAUAAAAACUCUAGAUGAGAAACUAAGGAACUUGCUCUACCAGGAAUAUGCUCCCAUGUAUCCAUCAGGCAGUGCUGCAGAGACACCAGGCUCUGGCACCGAGUACAUCCAGUCUCCUCCUGGUCCAGAGAGCGCCACAGGAGGGUCAGGAAACAGCACGCCAGGGCCGAUGGGGGAGGGACGCUACAGGGUGGGAGAACAGCUACCUCAAAUUCCAGAGAGAAUGGACAGUUUGAGCACACUGAGUGACUCAGCUGUGUGUGCUUCCCUGUCAAGAAGACCCGUUCCUCACUCUGUUUCCUGCUCUGGAACACGAGGCCGAUUUAAGAUAAUGUCUGUUCCUCCUGAAGUGGCCAACAGACGAGAUGUGAAGCAGAGGAGCUGGAGCAGUGCUGCCUCACCGGCACACCCUGUAGGAUACAGUGAGGAGUACAUCCAGGCUGCAUCCACCACAAUUGGUCGUUUCUCUGUGGUCAGCACUGAAGAUGACAUUACACAGAGGACACGGUGCAGCCGCUACUCUGCCCCGCCUGAUUUCUACCUGGACACACCUCCAUCCAUGGCCAAGCGGGGCUCCCUGCCUCGCGCCCUGACCUCGAACUCUGUCGCUGUGGAUGUCACGGUCCAUGCUCGUUUCCUCUCCUCAGACUCUGGGGCUGAGAGCAGCCCAGCGAAGCUGGCUCCUGCCACCCCGUCUCAACAUACUCGCUCUGAGCGCAGAGGAAGUGACCUCAUGAAGAGGGCAGUGGCCUUCCUCCGUCGAUCAGGGCGCAGCAGCAGUGUGCAGAGCUCUGACUCACCAAGUAGGCAUGGAGGCGUGCACGGUUCGGCCUAUGCCAGCAGCGAUAAUGACUCAGAGAUGGAGGACUCGGACAUGAAGAGGGAACUACAGAGACUCAGGGAGAAACAUCUGAGGGAGAUAUCUGAGCUGCAGGCCCAUCAGCGGGGGGAAGUGGAGCUGCUGUAUUGCCAGCUUGGCAAAGCCCCUCCUACUGGCCUGGGUCUCUCACACGUUGCACCACACGCCGGUCGAAGGAAGAGGUCCAGCAAACACAGACUGAAGCCUGGAAAACUUCUCAGCCCUCUGGUUCAGCAAUUUAGAAAUGUCACAACCAAAUCGAGUGACUCCAGCAGAUCCAGUGCUGCUACAGGUACAGGUGAGCCCACAGUGAGUUUAAAUGGCUCUCCGGCCAAAGGGUCUAUCCCCACUGACGGCAGGGCACGCUCAUGCACCAGCCACCUUCCCAGCUCAACCUCAGAGUCCGUUCAGACUCAGCAGCCCUGUUCCCUCAAGGGAUCUUUGUCUUCUGAUAAUAUUUACGGUGGACUACAUGGAGACGGCACCGGCACACAAGCUCCACCUGGGCAAGGCUGGUCUAAUUACCCUCAAACAUCUGAGAGAGUGACCUAUAAAUCGAGUAGCAAGCCACGAGCUAGAUUUCUCAGUGGGCCUGUGUCUUUGUCUAUCUGGUCAACACUGAAGCGUCUUUGUCUUGGUAAAGAACGUGGCAACAGGUCUGGAGCCAGGCCAGGGGCUUUCAAUCAAUCACAGCAGCUGCCUACAGGUGCGACACCUCCUUCUCAUCAGCCAGUGAUGGGACUGGCCCAAGCUCAGGCCAAUAACAGCAACAACAAGACAGGCACAUACACCGGCUUUUCCAUGAGUGCCGGUGAAAACAGCCUGCCUGAAGACUUGCAGCGGCUGAUGGAGGACUGGGCCCAGGAGGUUCUUAUCGUCACCCACAGGCCACGCACUAACUCUCUGAGCAUCAGCGGGCAGCAGCUUUGGAAUCAGGUUGUGCCUCGAACAUGUGGACAGCUGGCUAGUGCUUCAGAUGUAUCAUGGACAGCUUCAGGUCCAGAGCCCUGCAGUCUUCCUCUGAUGGCCCGGGGGUCAGCAAUGCUGACCAGCCCCUCCACAGGGCCCCAUCCCAGCUAUCAGCUACUCCCUCCUGCUCCAUUCAGAGCCUUGUCCUUGCCUCUCUCUGUUAGCCAGUGGCCCGGGUUGCUCUUCCCCCUUCCUUCAGGAGUCUUUGCCUUUCCUGACGUGCCCUCGGCCCAGGACGCCUCCAGCCCCAUUCCAGCUCCAUCAUAUCACCCACUGGACCCCAAAGCCAGGACUCUGUAACCUGAGUAGCAUUGUGUCUUCCAACUCCGUUACCAAAAAGAAAUGUCAUCAUAGGUCCAGUCAAUUGUAUGUGAAUACACUGUAUAUAUUUAACUGGCAUGUAUCUAAUCAUAUGUACAUACUCGUCUCCAUUAUAUUUUAUGCGUUUUAUGUUAUUUGUUUUGCCCUCGAUGGACUGGCGGCCUGUCCAGGGUGUCCCCUGCCUUCGCCCUAUGUCAGCUGGGAUAGGCUCCAGCGCCCCCGCGACCCUAAUGAGGAUAAGCGGUAUUGAAAAUGGAAGGAAUGGAAUGUUAUUUGUUUAAUUUGCAUCAACAUACCUCAUUUCCAUAUUAAAGUACCUAAUCUUUGAGUGCAGUGUAAUCGUAGUAGUACAUUAAAAUAUGUGUAAUUAGCCCAAUCAGACUUAGAAGAGCAGAUUUUUGUUAUUGCUUAGAUAUGUACCAUGUCACUCAUUGAAUGUUCAUAAUGUAGUGUUUAUUCAUGGUACGUGUGUAGAUAUAUAUAUACCUAUUAAUUCCUGUUUGUCUGUACAUAGUUCAAGUGUUUGUACAGUUAACAUUAGAUAAUACAUUGGUCGGUGCUGCAUAUAUGUGUCUUAGCGCGACACCUUAUUCGCCACCAUCAUGCCGUCACUGUGAAGACUUGACAUCCUGGUCACUAGGACCAGUCGCUUUACUCUGCUCUCUCAGUCCAAGGAUAGGUUUCAUUCCUCAUCGAUGAAAUGCUUCCAGCACAAGCGCUUGAAAUAUCCUUAAGAGAUUUGAACGAACUUGAACUUUGUCUUCAGGUGGAAAAACACCUGUGAGAGUGCCUUGAAUUGCAGUUUCAGUUUUAUGAAGAAAAGUAUUUAGAUUCAAAGCAGACUCUAGAUAUUCUAUAUGCUUUCACCACCUAAAUUUUGUGAUUUGAAUAAUGAAUGCUGAUUGACACAUAUUUACUUUAGCAACAAAACAUAACUAAACACUAUAAUCUGGUCAUGUUGCAGUUCAUAAAAUACGCAGAUUGUAAAAACUUAUUCACUGAAGUAAUUUCCCUGUGGGAUUGCUCUGCCACCUGCACCACCUGCAUGAAUGCAUUGAUAUUCUGUGUGUGCACAGGUUGAAGUGGUGAGUUAAAGUAAGAUAUUGUUAAGAUAAAUUUGUAUUGAGGCCAUACGACAAGGAGGGCUGAAGGACAUAUGAGUCAGAAUCAUGAUCAUACCAUACCUCUACUAAUGCAGUCUGUAGCUUUACAUAUGGUUGCCUUUGUGGUUUUUACGAGAUGACUGGCUGUUUGAUAAAUGUUGAUGAUAUGAUGACGUUAGAGGCUCAUGAAAAAUGUGAACUAUUGAGAAGCCUGUUUGAGAGAACUGUUUGAUAUGCUAUUUAUAUAAUGCAUAUGUUUUCUAAAUGAUGUUUAUUCAAUGCUGGCCUCACAAGAUCAUCUGGCUCAUACAGCUAAUUGUAUGUACUAUGGCUGAAUUAAUUCAAAGAUCUCCAACAAAUAUUACGCUAUCACGCUAUUCAGUUAUUUAAAUAGUGCUUCCUCAAAAACUUUAAAACUUUCUUCUUCUAUAACUUUUCUUAGCAGAUUUCCCACUCAAUAAUAAUGUGUAGAAUGCACCAAUGCGAUGAUGUAUCGUGGUAAAACAACUCAGUGGCAAAAAUCUACGCAGUCAGGAAUUAGGUUGGGUGUAAUGAUCCAGACAGACUAUGGGUCAAGCUCCAGAAAUGCUGUAACCUACAUUUUCACGUUCAAGUCAAUAUCAUCUUUGACAUCAUUAUUAUUUUUUCGAAUUUUGCGAACCACGUUAUACAACAGUGGAAGUAAUAAUAAAUAAACUGAACUUUAUGUAUACAAUUGGUGGAGAUUUAAACCAUCGAACUAUCCAUGGUAAAAUAUAGAUUAUUUUUCUUUUUCCUGAGAACAUCCCCUAUGCAGCUAUUUCUGUUGUGCUUUUCACAUUAAAUCCUGUAUUUGAUCUCUGUAAUGCUUGCAAUGAAAGCAAGGUGUAUGGUUCCUUUUGCCUGCUGUAUCACCUGUUUUCCUGACCUCGUCAGAUCGGUACAUUUCACAAAAGCUGUACAUACUUGAAGACAGAAAUAAUAAAUGAUUUUUUGCUUGACACCA